AUGGGCAUCUCAAAAGACGCCGAGCUCACUACGGUGGAGGCAGACGAUGGUCUCACCAAAAGCCAACCUCAAGCCGAGAUUUUUGCAAAGGAUGAGCAGAUUGUCGCACCGGAUCAAUUCGACGAAAAAUAUCAGACCACAAGAAAUGAGAUCUGGGCUUACUAUGCUUACUACAUUGGCAAUAAUGGGCUAUCGCUCUUCAAUUUUGCACCCACUGCGUUUCAAAAUCUACUUUACCAAGCGGCACCGGAAAAUGGAUUGAUGGAUUUUCUUGGGCAUCCGCGCUCUAUUAAUAGCAUUGUGCUCCUCUCAAAUGGAAUCUCCUUUGCCAUCCAGGUGAUUGUCUUCUUGAUCAUUGGCAGCUUUGCUGACUUUGGCAAUUGGCGACCAAACAUUCUCAUCGGCUUGUCAAUUGUCGCCUGGGCGAUCGGUUUCGGCUGGCUGGGUGUCCACACCGCAGAGGAUUGGCGCAUCGGCGUCGGACUCUACAUGGUUGGACUGAUCGCCUAUCAGACGACGUUGACCUUCUGGACUGCAGCGUUCCCGGGACUGGCGAGAAACACAGUAGAGAUGAAGGAGCAAGCUGAUGCCUAUGUGGCCGGGACCAUCACUCGUGAGCAGUACGACUACGCAGACACCAUGAUGCGGAGUCGGUUGGCGAAUCUUGCCUUCUAUGUCCAGUCUGUGGGCGAGAUCUUCAUCUUGGCUGUCAUUGUAGGCAUCAUGUUUGGGUUGGAUGUCAACGCUAGUCAGGAAAACAACAACUGGGGGCUAAGCGUGCUGAUUGCCUUUGUUUCUGGGGUCUGGUUGCUCGUCUCUUUGCCAUGGUUCUUCCUCGAAAAGCGUCGGCCCGGGCAGGACCCUGGACGCCGGGGGAUUCUGAUUGCGGGUGUCUGGCAGCUGUGGCAUGCUAUGAAACAGAUCUGGCAGUUGAAGCAAAGCUUGAUAUAUCUGAUCGGAUACUUCUUGCUGGGAGACUCCUUGAACACUACCGUCACUGUAAUCGGAACUCUGCAGAAUAGUCUUGUGUCAUACAAUACCCUCCAACUGACGUACCUUCUUAUUGUCGGUAUCGCGGCUCAGGCUGUUGGCAUCUAUGCGUUCUGGUAUAUUCAACAGCGUUUCCAUCUGGGAACCAAAACCAUGUUCAACGCGAUCGCAGUCAGCAUUAUCCUCCUCGACGGCUGGGGCAUGAUCGGCAUCUGGACUGACAAAUUUGGCUUCCACAAUGCGUGGGAAGUCUGGGUGUAUCAAGCCUUCUAUGGACUCUUCGUCUGCCCGUGGUAUAGUUACUCCCAGAUCAUGAUUUCCGAGGUCACCCCCCGUGGCCACGAAUUCUUGUUCUUCAGUCUCUUCAGUAUUAUCGGCAAAACUUCGUCUUUCAUUGGACCUUUGGUGUCGAGUGCGAUCAUCGAUGCUAGUCCGACAGGAAAUAACUCAGCUCCCUUCUAUUUCCUGUUCGCUCUGAGCGUCGUGAGCUUUGGUAUUAUGGCCUUUGGUGUGGACCUUCGCAAGAGCCAAGUUGAGCAGGAAAAGUUCUUGCAGGAUAAAAAGAGACGCCUUGAGAAUUCGGACUCUUCGUCAAGUGCGUAA